AUGGCGGCCCUGCAGGGCGGCCCCGGCGCGCCGCUCGUGCCCACGCCGCUGAUGGCGCUGCCCAGCAUCAGCUUCACGGCCGGCCAGGUGGCCGCCGUCUGCGAGACACUGGAGGAGAGCGGGGACAUCGGCCGGCUCGAGCGUUUCCUCUGGUCGCUGCCGGUGGCGCACGCCAACAUCUCGCAGCUGUACAAGUGCGAGCCGUUCCUGCGGGCCAAGGCGCUGGUCGCCUUCCACAACUGCAACUUUCGCGAGCUCUACCAGAUCCUCGAGGGCAACAAGUUCUCCAAGGGCUCGCACCAGAAGCUGCAGGCCAUGUGGCUGGAGGCCCACUACCAGGAGGCGGAGAAGCUGCGCGGCCGCGCGCUUGGCCCGGUCGACAAGUACCGAGUGCGCAAGAAGUUCCCUAUGCCGCGUACCAUCUGGGACGGCGAGCAGAAGACGCACUGCUUCAAGGAGCGCACGCGCAGCCUGCUGCGUGAGUGGUACCUGCAGGACCCCUACCCGAACCCGACCAAGAAGCGCGAGCUGGCGCAGGCCACUGGUCUCACGGCUACGCAGGUCGGCAACUGGUUCAAGAACCGGCGGCAGCGCGACCGGGCAGCUGCCGCCAAAAACAAGAUGAACAGCCAGCAGUACAAGCCGAGCGGGCUGGCGGCGGCGCCGGAGCGCGCCGAGUCGGCCGCGUCCGGCGACGACGCGCGCUCCGACCAGGACACGCCCGAGGGCUGCGCCUCGCCGCGCGCCACGCCCACCAGCUCGCCCGACCUGAACGUGACCUCGCCGCCGGCGGCCGAGGCGCCCGUCCUCACGCUGCCCCGCUUCCCGUACCCACCCAUCUCGCUGGCGCAUCCGUUCCCGUUCGGGCCGUCGAUGCUGGGCUUCGGCGCCGGAUCGCACGCGCUCGGUCUGCACGCGCCGCUGCCGUUUGCGCCGCAGCUGGGCCUGCUCUCGCACCAUCUGAUGUUCCCGGGCGCGCAUCACGCCUUCCAGCCGCCGCCGGGGGCGCCCCACGAGCCGCGCUCCUGA